AUGAAGGAACACUUCCAUCCUUCCCAUCCAGGCUCACGUGAUGGCAUAAUCCAGGAGACCAUGGAUGGAAUCCAGGAGGCUUAUCCUGGCGUCCAGGAGACCAUGGCCUGGCGUCCAGGAGACCAUGGCCUGGAGUCCAGGAGACCAUGGCCUGGAGUCCAGGAGACCAUGGCCUGGAGUCCAGGAGACCAUGGCCUGGAGUCCAGGAGACCAUGGCCUGGCGUCCAGGAGACCAUGGCCUGGAGUCCAGGAGACCAUGGCCUGGCGUCCAGGAGACCAUGGCCUGGCGUCCAGGAGACCAUGGCCUGGCGUCCAGGAGACCAUGGCCUGGCGUCCAGGAGACCAUGGCCUGGCGUCCAGGAGACCAUAGCCUGGAAUCCAGGAGACCAUGGCCUGGCGUCCAGGAGACCAUGGCCUGGCGUCCAGGAGACCAUGGCCUGGCGUCCAGGAGACCAUGGCCUGGCGUCCAGGAGACCAUAG